AACCUAUUUCUUUUUGCAGUCAUUUUGAAAACAUAAACACGUGAAAACCACGUAUUUGUUGUUUAAGUUUAAAGUACAUGGUGAAAAUAUGGCAAAAGUAACUCAAAAGAAAACCAAAAGUGCCGAAGCUUCAGCACCUGCAAAGCCCGUGACAAAACCGGCUAAGAAAACUAAAACUGAAAAUGCAACACCAGUCAAAGGCAUUCAGAAAAAGCCAGUGAAGAAAACUGAAAAUGCAACACCAGCCAAAGUCGUUCAGAAAAAACCUGUGAAGAAAACUAAAAGCGUCACCUUGGCUCUAGUGAAACGCGAACAGAAAAAAGUAGCAAAAGAAACGGAAGCAAUAAAAAAGAAAAUCGAUUCUGGUGAAAUAAAGAUAAGUGAGUUGAGGAAGCAACAGAAACAAAAGGCUGAAUCGAAAAGAGGUUUGAUUUACGUUGCGCAUUUACCCCAUGGUUUUUAUGAAGAAGAAAUCAAAAAUUACUUUAAACAAUUUGGUAAAGUGACCAAUGUAAAAGUGGGUCGGUCCAGAAUUACUGGUAACAGCAAGGGAUUUGGUUACGUCGAGUUUAAGCAUCCAGAAGUUGCAAAAAUCGCCGCUGAGACCAUGAACAAUUAUCUCAUGUUCAAGAAACGAGUAGUUGCUGAGUUUGUUCCAUAUGAGAAAAGGCCCAAAUCACUUUUCCAUGGCAAAAGCAGUUCAAAAAUUUCAUACACGAUAAAAACAAGAAGGACAAAACAAAUGGUGCACAAAAACAGAAAGAUCACACCUGAAGAACAUGAAAAACAAACCAAUAAAACUAUAUCUAAGUUAUCUAAAAAGGUGGAAAAACUGAAAAAAUUAGGUGUAGAUACAGAUUUAAAAUGUGUAAAAAAAUUAAAUCCAGCUAAAUAAAUUUUAAGAUCUAACAUUUUUCACAUUGUUAACUCUAAGUUCACUUGUACAUGUAUAAUAUAGUCUUUGGUUUUGUUAAUGUUCUAUGCAUACUUUACAGACUUAAAUUUGAUUGUGACCAUACAAAAUAUUACUCAAGUAUUUUGAAUAAAAAAUAUUUUAUAUUUUGUAUAAAUAUAAUUGAUAUGCAUAGUUAUUUUCUUUUUUAAAAUAAAAUAUACUUGAACAUG